CUGCUGGGCACCUAUGCUCACGACUCACGCCGUCUCUCUCGCUCUCCCUCCCUCUCUGUCUGUCCUCUCUCUCGCCGUCCCCAACCUCAGGCUCUCGCUCGCCUUCAUCCUCUAGCUUUUUCCGCGUGGUUUUCCUUGCCCCGCUUCAGAUCGGCGCGGGCGCAGCGCCCGGAGCGGGAGCAGAGGGAUGGAGGGAUGGGACAAGGGGACGAAGAGCGUGGUGGGCGAGAUCCCACUGCUGUCAACGCGGGCGGGGCCUCGUGACGGUGACGCAUGGCGGCAGCGGCUCAAGGAGGAGUACCGCGCCCUCAUCGCCUACACCUCCGUGAACAAGUCCAAGGAUAACGACUGGUUCCGCAUCUCCGCUGCCAACCCGGAAGGCACCCGCUGGGAGGGCACCUGCUGGUACGUCCACAACCUCCGCCGCUACGAGUUUCCCCUCCAGUUCGACAUCCCCGUCGCCUAUCCUCAGGUCGCCCCUGAGAUUGAGCUCCCCACCCUCGACGGCAAGACCCACAAGAUGUACAGGGGAGGGAAGAUCUGCCUCACCGUGCACUUCAAGCCGCUGUGGGCGAAGAACUGCCCGAGGUUCGGGCUCGCCCAUGCUCUGUGCCUUGGCCUGGCGCCAUGGCUCGCGGCAGAGGUGCCGAUUCUGGUUGAUUCGGGUAUGGUGAAGCACAAGGACGAUGAGUCUGCCCCGGCAGACGUUGCAUCUGGCUCUGCUGCUGUUGCUUCUUAGCUGUAAUAGUUACUGUAUGGUUGAGGGGAUUGGAGAAGGAAAUAGCAAAUGAAAAUCCACUUGGUUGUGGACUAAUAAGAGCAAUACUUAGCAGUAGGUACAUCUGCAAUUCAACUGUGCUCAGUCAGGUUUGGCUUCACAAUUAAACCGUGCUCGGUCAGGUUUGGCUUCACCAGUUAAUUUCUAGACUUUUUGCCUUUUUCGUAUGUUCUUGCUUUGCUAAUCUUCACAUAUUGUUUCGGUCAUAUAUGUAGUAACCCUGUCCCUUGACACA